ACAGCCCGGGUGCUGCCCUGUCCCCGCUCCUGCCUUUACGCAACGCGCUCGCAUGAAACGCGCAGCCACCACCUCUCUGUUUUAUAGGCACCCCAAUCCCCGUCCUGGCCGGUGCUCAGCGCUGGGGACAGCAGUGGAGCGGAUGGAGAGGACCCUUCCCUGGGGCCCUGCAGAAGCUGGGAAGUGCCCGUGGUCUGCAGCACAGGGAUGACUGAGACCUCACCCAGCAAGGAAGGGGCCCCGGCCGAGUGCCCCGUCUGCUACGAGAAGUUCCACCCCCUGGAACACACACACCGGCAGCUCAGCUGCGGGCACGCCUUCUGCCACGACUGCCUGGUGAAGUGCCUGCUCUCUGCCAAGCUGGAUGGCCACAUCCAGAACAGCAUCAUCUGCCCCGUCUGCCGCUACGUCACCUUCCUCAGCAAGAAGAAGGCGCUGUGGCUGUCCAACCCACGGACACUGGAGGUGCCCCUGUCACCGUCCUCCUUAUCCCAGCUGACCAAACUGGAGAGCAGCAACGCCCUGGUGGUGCCCAGCCACUUCGUGGUGCCGGUGCAGAGCUUGGAGCGGUGCAGCCCCACGGGCGCACAGGGAGAGCUGGCACGUGGAGCCCACAUCUUCAUCAUCAGCAGGCAUGGGAUGCCCCUGGUGGACACGGACUGCUCCUCCCUACGGAGAGAAAGCCAGGCAGAGACACGGAGCACCAUGUCCUCCAGCUCGGCCCUGGGGCUGCAGUGCUGCCAGUCGCCCAUCGCGCUGGCCGUGCUGCUCAUCCUCACUGUGGCCCUGCUGGCGGCUGUGCUCCCUUGGCUGCUGCUGGUCAAGAAGGACUCACAGUGAGGGUAACAGUGACUGUAACGAUGGAGGAAUGGUGCUGAUGCUGGGGCUGGCAUCUUCCUGGAGAUAGCCCAGGUGCAGCUCCAGGGGAAGUUUUCCCAUCCGGCCAGGAAUUUGGGAUGUUCCUGAAGAUCUCUGGGUGCUCACAAGCUGGAGGUGCUGCCUCAUUUGGUUGAAAUGUGGCUGCUUGAGUCCUGUUAGACGGUUCCUUCUGUGUUUUACUGGUGUGGUGGGGCCGGAAGGACUCAGCUCACAGCCCUGCCCUCCCUCAGCCCUGCUCUCAGGUCCCUCAGAGAUAUCCAUGCUCCCACCGUGUCCCUCCUGCCCUGGGCACCCAGGGACAGGCAGCAGGCAGGGAGUGAAGGCAUAGCUCUGGGCUGCAUCGGGGGUGGCUCUGGGAAUUCCAUCCUGUCCUCACACCAGGGGGAGAUGUGGGCAUCUGAGGGGUGUACGUGAGAUUUUGGUCCCACUGUGCCCACUCCAAAGGAAUUCACAGUCACAGUGACUGUGGUGCUCAGGAAUGCACCUUGAGGACGUUGAGAUCCCUGACGCACGGACUGGGAGCAGGAUGUCCCUUGCUGUCACUGGCAGGAGGGUGGCACGUAGCUCCUAAAGUGAGAAUCCCACUUGCUGGGCAUCAGGGGGCUGCAGCGCUUUGGGAUCAGCCAGGACAUUUCAAGAGGACAAAUAAAAACUGCCCAGUGUUAGAAAUGCUGUUCAACAGGAAGAUCCCAUGGCAGCCCUAUGGCCCAUCUCUGAGCAAAUGCAGGGCAUCACUCAUCCAGCCCUGGGCCUGUUUCCAUACCUGUGUACCGGGUGCGAUGACACCGAGCCCUGCACUGGGAGACUGCUCAGGGAAAAGUGCCUGAGACACCGCACUGGAAUGGAAAUCCUAUUUCAUAAGAAAUAAUUACCUGACAAUAAUGCG